CACGCACAAGGAAAUUUUCAACCAUGUCCGCCACAACUACAUUCUCGAAACUGCCAUUAUUCUCAAGACUACGGCAAGGUUUGCCUAAGCCACCUGGGAGCCGAUGUUUGAAUACGGUGGCUGGAAGACCAGAGCGGCCGCUCCAUAUGGCGGUGAUAGGAGCUGGGCCGGCCGGAUUUUACACAGCGUACCGGGUCCUGAGCAAGCUUGCCAAUGCGAAGGUAGACAUGUACGAGUCAUUACCAGUGCCGUACGGGCUUGUUAGGUUCGGCGUUGCACCAGAUCAUCCUGAAGUCAAGAACUGUCAAGACAAAUUCAACCAAGUAGCCCAAGACCCGCGCUUCACGUACAUCGGCAACACCCCGAUCGGCACAUCCUGGCCACACCCGCCGCACCGCAGCCUCCCGCUAGCCGUUUUAGGCCCGCACUACGACGCCCUCCUCCUCUCCUACGGUGCCUCCAAAGACCGCAAACUCGCCAUCCCCGGCGAGGACACGUUAGCGGGCGUGCACUCCGCCCGGGCGUUCGUCGGCUGGUACAACGGCCUCCCAGAGUAUCGACAUCUGAAACUGGACCUGCACCUGGCGGAGGAAGCGACGGUGAUCGGACAAGGCAAUGUUGCGCUGGACGUGGCGAGGAUGUUGCUCUCCCGACCGGGCGAUCUGGGAACGACGGAUAUCACCGAGUAUGCUAUUGAGGAGCUGAGAAGGAGCAGGGUUAGGCGGGUGAGAGUUGUGGGCAGGAGGGGACUAUUGCAGGCGGCGUUUACCGUGAAGGAGCUGAGGGAGCUGUUAUCUCUGCAGGGAGUCGGGUUUCACCCCGUGCAUGCCCCGCUACUUCCCGAGGAUCCGGGUUCUUUCCCGAGAGCGCAGAAGCGCAUCAUGCAGGUUCUACAGAAAGGCCCGAAGACAAAGCUGACUGACGCGGAGAAGUUGUGGGAGCUAUGCUUCCUACGCUCGCCAAAGGCGUUUAUCCCAUCAGCGAGCGGCUCAGCUCGCAUUGGAGCGAUAGAGUUCGAAAAGAAUAGACUAGAGGAACCGAUGUUCUCGCCCAAUUCCAGCGCUAUCGGCACGGGCGAGACGGAAAUGCUCCCCACCAAUCUGGCAUUCAGGAGCAUCGGCUAUCUGAGCGAACGAAUCCCCGGGUUCGAAGACCUCGGCAUCCCCUUCAACGAGAAGCGUGGGUUAGUCCCCAAUGAGGAUGGCCGCGUCGUUAAACCCCUUGACCCAAAAGCUGGGGAUCCGGUCAUCCCCGUACCCGGAAUCUACGCCAGCGGAUGGGUCAAACGCGGGCCUACGGGUGUCAUUGCUAGCACCAUGUACGACGCCUUUGACACCGGCGAUAGGAUCGUCAGUGACUGGACGGGUGGGGAAGUGGAGUUUAUGAGGUUCGGUGGGGAAGAGAAGAAGUUUGGCUGGGAAGCUGUUAGGCAUGAAGUUUCAAGUCGGGGGAUGAAGUCCAUAAGCUGGGCACAAUGGAUGAAGAUUGACGAGGCGGAGAAGGAGCGUGGGAAGAGGUUUGGGAAGGAGAGAGAGAAGUUUACGAGUGAGGAGGAGAUGCUUGCCGUUUUGGAGUAA